AUGGCCAAAACAUUUAAAAAAAUAUUAAAGCCAUCAGAAAAAAAAAAGAAAAAGAAAGAAGUUGCAAUUUCAGCAGUCAAACAAUUAGUUCAGUAUUUAGAAACCCAUUGUAUCGAAUUGGAGGGUAUUUGUAGAAUUUCUGGAAACAGUAUUCAAGUUAAAGAAUUGAAAAAACAAUUAGAAAAUGGUGAGGAUGCAGAUUUUAGCAAAAUGGACCCACACGUAGUCAGUGGUGCUCUUAAAUCAUUUCUUAGAGAUAACGACGAGCCAUUGCUCACAUUCGAUCUCUAUAAAAACUUUUUAGCUUCAAUCGAUGUCAGAGAAAGAAAUGCCAAAAUAUCAUUUAUAAAAUCACUUUUAUCAGCUCUUCCAAAGGAAAACUAUGAUUUAUUACAAAUUUUAUUAAAAUUUUUAUACACUAUCCAGUUACAUUCAAACAAAAAUAAAAUGACAAGUUCAAAUUUAGCAAUUGUAUUUUCACCAACAUUAUUAAGACCUAAAGAAGAAAGUCUAGAAACUAUGAUGACAGAUUCAAACACAAUCAGUGAAAUUGUUAAAAUUUUAAUUGAUGAAUUUAAUGCUCUAUAUGAAAUUAAAACCCAAACCAUUCUUUAUCAAGUUUCAGCCCAAGAAAUGGGUAUCGAAAAAGAUAAGAGAUCAACUAGUGAGCAAUUAGAAGAUGCUAAAGUUUCCAUUGAACAACUAACCAAGCAUCUUGCUGAAGAAGCUCGUGAAAGAUCCAUUCUUGAAACCUAUGUCUCCUCAAUCGAGCAAAAGAUUGCCGAACUUCAAGAUCUAAAUAAAUCAUUAACUGAAGAAAAAGAAAGUUUGGGUGAACUAUUAAAUGAAUUUAAAGACACCAACAAAUAUCAAUCAAGUGAAAUUGAAAACCUUAAAGAAAAACAAUCUAAAACUGAAAACGAGAGUAACUCAUCAUCAUCACCACCAUUAUCAUCAUCAUCAUCACUUUUAUUACCAAUCAUAUUUAUAUCACCCAUUAGAAACUUAUCACCAUUAAAUAAUUUUGUAGUUUGUCAAAAUGAAUUAUAUAAUAAUAAAGUUAAUUUAGAAAAGAAUAUAGAAAAUUUCAAAUUAAAUAUUGAUAAAUUAAAUAGUGAUGUUAAAAACCAAUCAAUAGAAAUCGAAAAAUUAAAACAAUUAAACAAAGAAAAAGAACUAGAAAACGAUAGAUUAAGAGUAUUAAAUAAAGAAAAAGAUGCAGAUAACGAAAGAUUAAGACAGUUAAAUAAAGAAAAGGAUAUAAACCACGAGCAAUUAAAACAACAAUUAACAAAAGAAAAAGAUGAAGCUGUUGGUGAAGUUGCUAGAGUUCAAGCUGAAAUCUCAUUACUUUUAAGUGCCACAAACGAUAAAUCAUCCAAAAAGAAUUCUUUAAAGAUUCAAAAGAAGGAUUUAGACCAAGCAUUAAAGAAAUGCAAAGAUCAAGAAACUAAGAUCAGUCAAUUAGAAAAAGAAAAAUCAAAACUAUCUGAUGAAAUUACAAAACUACAAAAACAAGCAUCUACACCAGCCCCAUCCAGCAGCACUCAUAAAUUUGUAUUAGGAAAAAAACCAUCACAAAAACAACAACCAGCCCCUCCACCACAAACACCAGCCCCUCCACCACUCGACGAAGAUGAUAUUAUAUCUGUCAAGAAAUUUGCUUUUUACUAUAUGAGUCUUUACAUCAAAACUGACCAUAUGGUAAGAGGUUUACCUUGUAAUAUUAGCUCCUAUGAUAUUCUUGACGAAUUGAUCGAGAAAAAGGUUAAAGUUAACCAAUGGUCCGAAUUUAUAUCAAGAAAGUUAAAAGAAAUUAGUUAA